AUGGUCAAGAAAAUUCUCGUGCCGUUCGCCGGAAGGCAGACUCAGCAGGAUACCUCCUCUGAACCGGACAAGUCGGAACGCAACGCCGGGACCAAGCUUGAAACCCAGGCUCAAAUGCCACUUCGAUUCGCCGUGGCAGAAACUCGCAUUCUGUCUGACGGAGGAAACACAAGGGAACCAUGCUGUGUUUGCACGUCCAAGGAUGACAUGGAAGGAGUUCUAGCCACACAAUUUGUGGACAUCGACGGACAAGGGACAACAUACAUCAGUUUGACCGCUGGCGAAAACUCUCGUCAGGUGGUCCACGUGCGCGGCAAUGCAAGAACGGUUAUUGCGGACAUGAAAGCAGGAGAUGGUUCUACGCAACUCAUCUGCGCCUCCGACAAUGAGGAUAGCUUAAGGAAAGUCUUAGAAAUCGCGUUGGCACCUCGCCGCUCGAUUCGAGGGGAUCCAAAGCACCUUCAUCCAGCUCAGAUUUCGGAUUACCUACCCGAUAUACUGUGUCUGUCAAGUUCACGAGGAACCGGGCCCGUUUUCGGUGGUUUGAGAUAUCAGGGGGACCGCUGGGAAUGCUUCCUUUUCGACCAGUACACUGGCGCGGAAGGGAGCACGGAAAACAAGCCAUUCCAGAAGCUCCUGGAUGAGGCUGGUAUGAACUUGGAGACGUGGAUCUGCCUUGUGAUGUUCGCCUCGUUGCUGGUGCAGUGUGCGGAGUAUGAGGGCCAGAUGACGUUGUGUCCCAACUGGUUGUGGGCCAAACAGAAAGCCAUCUUCGGCUCUAAGCUCGGUCAGCCUCAGGCAACCCUGUACGGCAUGCUAUCGCUACUUCGGGCGGCUCCAGUAUGUCCGGUCAGGGCGGGUAGUUGGACCAAGAGUUGCUUGGUUGGGAUGUGGCAUGCAGCUCGGCAGGAGCGGUGCCAGAUGGGCAUAGAGCAGGACAUCCGCACGAUCAGGGCUGUGAAAGGCUGUUUCCUGGACGAGGGGCCGGAGAUGUACAGCGUCUAG